AUGGCCACGGCAACCCGGCGGCCGUCAACCGGUCACGGCUCGGGCGACUACUCCGAAGAACCCAGCUUCGAAACUAACGCAGACGGCAGAAUUGAGAUGUCCCAGGAAGAGAUAGAUGCCAUCAUCAGGAAUAAGAGAAAGGUCAGGGACCCAAAGGCAUGUUAUGCAUGCCAUCGGCGCAAGGUCAAGUGUGAUAGGAACCUUCCUUGCGAUUCUUGCAUCAAAAGAGACCACCCCGAGCUAUGUUCCUACGAGCGACCGACGAAGAAGAGACGGAUAGCGUUGCCAGGGGGUGUGGGACGUAACGAAGGGACACCGGUCGAAGGCCAGGAUCUGGCCCGCCAAUCCGGGCCCAACGUCACGGUGCCGCGAGAGCAGUGGGAACGCAUGAACAGAGAGAUCCAGAAGUUACGCACUCAGGUCAAGAGCGAGUCUAUGACCCCCGAAGCACUGCAUGGCGAGGCGGAUGACCCCAGCGCACCAGGUUCCCACAGUCGUUCUGAGGAAGCCGAAAGAGAAGGCUAUCACGCUCCAAGUAACCAGAUGGGCACCAUGCACGUGGGCUCUAGAUCAGUACUUGCAUAUAUGAUGGCUCUGGGUAGGAGUCAGACGACACAAGACACUGCGCGGUCGCUGCUGGAAGAAAAUAUCUUGCCCAAGCUAGGUUUGGAUAAUGAGAGCGCCACCUACCCUUUUGUCGACCUAUGGAGUACGGCUUCCAGCAUGCAAGAUGUGAGCGGUUUGUGUAAAGCGAUUCCUGAUGAUGAACUGUGUCGAGAAUUCUUCGUCGGUUAUCGAGAUGUAUCGGGCACUCUGUAUCCCGUUGUGCCUGAUGCAGCCAGCUUUGAAGACACGCUAUUGUUUAUGCUGUCCAACAGGUCGCGCGCUCUCCGUGAUAACCUAGAACUUGAUCCGAACAAGCCGUACGGAGUUUCGCUGGCUUGGUUAUCACUCGUCUUUGCGGUGUUCGCUUCGGGUGCUCAAUGUUCAGACAGACCGGCCAAGGAGAGAGAAUUGACUUCACAAGUUUACAUUUGUUGCUCAUAUCAGGCUCUGCGCAUGGCCAACUUUCUCACCCACCCCUGUCUCGAGACGAUCGAAGCGUCACUUAUCAUCGGGAAUGUUCUGUCAUACAACAUGAACCCCGGUGUGGCAUACAUCUUCCUCGGAAUGACACUGCGCAUGUCGUUCUCCAUCGGACUACAGAUCAAUUCCAAUCACUUUACCGAGGCUGAGAAGUGGACUCGGCGACGAAUUUGGUGGGCUCUUGCAUGGCAGGACUCACAUUUUGCUGUGAGCUAUGACCGACCGACUUCGAGCGUCUUGUGCAUUCCGGACAUACCGUAUGGGAAGUUCAGCUCACCAGGAGAUCGGAGCUACGCCGAGAGCAUGUUUGCCAUAAUCAGGCUCACGCAGCAGAUUGUUCGGGAGCGUCUCCUUCACCCACGGGCCGUGAUGACCUGGGAAACGAUCCGAAAACAUACCGAAGAGAUUGCAAACAUUGUUGCACAAGGUGCGGCUCAUCUUCGCGAUCGGAAUGUAUGCUAUACGGUGACACAACAUCUGGAACGCCUGGCUCUUAAACUUCACAGCUCCUAUAUUAUCAGUGAACUCUGUCGACCGGCAUUGAAGGAGUCAGCUUCCACGGACCCCACCGCCGUGUCCACUCCAACGCAAUCUCCCGGUGGACGUCGUAAGACAUCCCAUUCUGCACCAAACACUCCGGGUUCAGAUUCAGUCAACCGAGCGCAGUUCCGACGUGAAUGUGUCCAGGCCCUGGAAGGAACCGUGGCUGCAUAUGUGGAGUUGCAUAAUACGUGCAAGUUCGCAUCUCGGUCUUGGAUCGGUAUUCAACGUGCCAUAUCGGCAGCGUUCUUGCUGGGCACGCUCCCAGACACAGGCCAGGAUGGUCACCGGUUGGCACUGUUGCGUGACCUUGAGCGAGUUGUUGCUCAACGCACCAUGGAGGAAUCGACAUUCGAUCUACAGCCUCAGGAUCUGUCGGGGUCGGAACAACCGCCCCUUGCUGACUCUCCGCACUGGGUCCGCAGUAUGGCCAAAUCUUUGAAUGCACUUGGCAAGCUAAACGCCGCUCUGAACGGGCCUAGACCAGCCGCGACCGUCAAAUACCCCGUCGUUGCUUCAACCGCCAAUGGAAUUUCUGGAUCGGGAAGCCUCUUCGCUACGAACCUGGGCAACACGGCCGUCAACAGCCCUCCACAGCCCAACAACACCCGGUAUCCGAGCGUGACGUCGGGUCUGAAGCAGGAGCCGUAUUCGCCCGCCCUGGCAAGCAGUGGGAUUGUCGGCGUGGGAAACCCCAAUCUGACCGUGGGACCCAUCACCCCCGACAGCACUUCUUCGUCGAGCGAUUGGACCGUCGGCAAUCUACACGAACGAGCCGCCGAAUAUGUCCAGGCACCUUUGUGGGGAGACGGGGCGGCCAUCGGGUCUUAUUUUGGUGUCGACACUUGA